CAGGCGCAGCUGAAGCUGGUGGAGGAGAUGGUGCAGUGGCAGGCAGCACAGGCAGCCAAGCUGUGGGCGCAGUCAGCUGCCCAGGAGCAGUGGCUGGGGCAGCAGGAGGAACAGCUUCAUGGCCUGGAGAUGGAGCGGUGACAUCUCCAUAAGCUUGUCUAGGAGCUCAAGGGUAACAUCUAUGUCUUCUGUCAUGUGUGGCUGGUGCUGCCCGAGGAGGAGGAACAGCAGAAGGGCCUGGAGCAUCUUUACUUCCCCCCCCAAGGACAACAAGGUUAUUGUUUCGCCGCCAGCUUCCUGGAGAUCUGCAACAAAUCUCUGUGGGAUCUGCUGGCUGGCCGGCCGAAGUGCAGGGCCAAGCUGGAGAUCCGGCAGGUCAGCUCGGCCAGUGAGGAGGUGCAUGUCCCGAACCUGUGCUGCGUCCCCGUCGCCUCCGAGGAGGGGGUGCUGGGGCUGCUGCAGGUGGCAGCCGCCAGCCACUCGGUGGCCCGGACAGCCGUGAACGACAGCUCAUCCUGCAGCCAUGGCAGCUUCUAGCUNNNCAUCCAGGGCUCUAAUACUGCCCGGGACCUGUGCUGCGCCUCGGUGCUGAGCCUGGUGGACCUGGCAGGCAGUGAACAGCUGGAUGAGUUGCUGUUGGCAGGGGAGCAGCUGCACGAGACGCAGGCCAUCAAUGCCAGCUUCUCUACCCUGGGGCAAGUCAUCAUGGCCCUUGCCAAAAAGGAGCCCCAUGUCCCCUGUUGCAACAGCAGGCUGACCUACCUCCUGCAGAACUGCUUGGGGGGCUUUGCCAAGAUGUGA